AUGGAGUGGCACGAAUCAGACCAGUCCGACGACGAGCAUCACCAUCUAGACGAAUCACAGACAACCUCCAGGAAGCGAAGCAGCAGAGGUACCUCUUUCCCUAUGUCUCUCAAUAUUAGCAUCUCUGAGCCGUUGAUCACAGCAUGCGAUCAGUGUCGCAAGACGAAGAGCAAAUGCGAGAGAUCUGGAGGAGAUAUGAAGACAUGCCCAAGCUAUAAACGUGGUCCACCAAAAGGUUAUAUCCAUGCUAUCGAGCAGCGUUGGCACCAGGUAGAAGCACUUUUAGGCUCUAUUCUUCAGUGCCCCGAUCCGAGGGUGCAGAGCAUUGUCUCUGAUCUUCGGCAGGAUGAUUUGGCCAGAGAGAUUCUUGGGAGAGUAGAUUCGGGACCUUACGGACCGUCUGGCCGACGGACGCAACGAGCAGACGCAACGAAAGAGGAUUUUUUCGCCUCGAUAUUGAAGAGCAAUGAAAGCGCUCACGGAGAUUCAUCAAGGGCUCGGAGGCAGUCGCGGGUUUCAAGAGAGAUUGUUUCGUCAAAUCAAGAUCAUGGUCUUUCCGUUGUGCCCACAAAAGAAUGGCAAGACAACCUAUCGAAACGUUUGGCAUUUGGUCCUAGCGCAAGCACCAGCACCCGACUACCUGAUGAUCAAGGUGCUCCCUCAUCACGUCGAAGGCGAUUAAACGAUAACAACGGACUGUCUCCAUCGAAUUGGAACCAGUUGUAUACGAUUGAUCCUGCCCCGGAUGAAACUGACGAACUAAAGAACACAUCUGAGGGUAUGGGCCAAUUGUCAUUGGAUGAGAACCAAGAAGUCCGUUUCCAUGGGCAAGCCAGCGGGCUACAUCUUCUUGGUCGAAACGAGCGGACAGAUGAUCGAAUAGAGGGUGGUGUAUGGCGCCUACCCAUGGCCAGAGUAUGGCCCCCUUCUAAAUUUGGCAUCGACACACAAGCACUACCCUAUCCACGCGUUGAUCUACCCCCACAAAACAUUCAGGAUGAACUAAUUGACCUCUACUUUAUCAAUAUACACCCAGUCUUCCCGGUUAUUCACAAAACAAGAUUUUUGGCUGAAUAUAAUUCAAGAAAAAGCGAGGGUCAAGACUUUAGAGAUUCUCCCGGGACUAGCUCAGGAUCUACAUACUCAUCACCGAGACCAGAGCCGACUCAAGAAGUCACCCGCCUACUGUUAUUCUCAAUGUUUGCUGUUGCCGCCCGCUACGUCGCCGACCAGCCAGAUUCACGAGAAGGGAACAAGAUGUGGGACGCUGGGUACGAAUAUUUGGACCACGCCCGCAAAAUCUUGACAAACGUGUUCCAUGUAUCCCGGCCAUCGACGGUACAGGCAUUGUUGCUCUUGGGAUACAGGGAAUUUGGCAUUGGCUCUAUGGAACAGGGAUGGAUAUUUAUCGGUUCGGGCAUUCGUAUGGCUUUUGACCUUGGCUUGAAUUGUGAUUCAGCGGGAUGGAAAAUGCACGGGCAUGACCUGUUUUCACCCGAAGAAACGCAAACCCGACGUCAGAUAUGGUGGGCAUGUACUUUAACAGACAGAUAUGGAUCUAUCUAUAUGGGUCGUCCCACAAUGAUCAAAGAUGAGGACUUCGAUACUCCAUUACCUGGUGUCGAUCCUAUACAAGAUCGCCAGCCAUGGCAGCCUAGUCUAACCAGAGAUAACAUUCCUUACCCUCCGGUCCCUGGCCGAGUUAUGAGCGCAUUUUGUGCUACGUCUCGAUUAGCCGUAAUUUUGGGUGCCAUCGUGACCCAAAUAUAUCCGGUGCGCUCUAGGUCAAGCUCGACACGACACACCAUGCUGGCUGACUUGGAGAGCCGGCUGGACCAAUGGUAUAUCACACUACCUGACGAACUACAUUACGACGGCUCAAGUAAGAAAUUGACACCGCCACCGCAAAUAUGUUAUCUGCACGUGCGAUAUUGGGGGGCGGUUCUGUUACUUCAUCGUGCUUUCAUACCCAAUUGGAAAGGGCAACCACAGGCGCUUCAUCGUUCGUCUGUGGGCACGCGGGCGUUUGAUCUCUCGCAUUCGGCCGCGUGCCAUAUCAUUUCGAUCGUAACGAGUUACAGGGAGACCUUUACUAUGAAAAAGGCGUCCCCAUUCUUGACGUCCUAUCUCCUAGCUGCAGCAAUAAUGCACAUUUUGACGCUAACUGUUCGACCGGAUAAUAUUGAGGCGAGUGUUGCACUGCAGAAUUGCAUGACGGCUCUCAAGGAAAUGGAGGUCGUGUGGCCGAGUGCAGCGCGUGCGUGGGAGCUGCUUAACGGGGUGCAUUUGCGCGCACAGGCGCACCCGCUUGCGCAACCCAUGCGCUCCCCGCCGCAGUAUGCGUACACAGACCGCAAUAAGCGGGGGGCACAGGAUGCAUUUGGGGACGAGAAGCCAUCGGAUUAUCUUCAGCGCGAGGUGUUCAGGCCUUCCGCGUCUGGCACGCCGGACCACACGGCCAGCGGCGGGGGCGAGCUGGUGAACGAGAGCAAUCUGAAUGCAAAUGGUGUACAGGAUGUCAGCACGCGGCUGAUGGCGCACAUGCUGGGGCUGGAGAUCCCUGGGGUAGAGCCGUCGACGUCGUACUAUCCUGGGUACGAGUGGUGGCCGCGGAUGAACCAGGGCGGGGGGUAUACGAUUACGCCCCAGCAAGCGUCUCAGCAGCAGCAGCAACAACAACAACAACAGCAGCAACAGCAGCAGCAGCAGGGAGGACAAAGCGGACAGUAUGCCACGAGUGCGGAGUUUGGUGGGGCUGAGAUGCAGCAGAGCCUUGGGGCGGCUGGGGGAGGCGGGGCUGGGAACUUGGAUGGGACAAACUGGGAACAGAGCAUGGCUGGAACUGGGGUGGGGCAGGUGGGUGACUAUGGAAUGACGGCUGGGAAUAGCCACACUGGCAAUUUGAACUACACGUAUGACUUUGGACAGUAUGGGUUGUAG